AUGCUGGCUUCCAAAGAAACUUUAUCAUUGCUGGUGGGCUUUGCCAAGCAGUACUGGCCAAUUGUGAUCUUCGGCGUACUGAUAUCAUGGGCUCUGUCUCAAAAAUAUCUAACACCGCUGAGACACAUCCCUGGGCCGUUCUUCGCAUCAUGGACCCGCCUCCCCCGUUUUUUCGCCGUGCUGCGAGGGCGACCACAUGAAUGGGAACUAGACCUACAUCGCAAGUACGGCAAAGUUGUGCGGACAGGUCCAGACCUUGUAUCAGUGGGAGAUCCGGCGGAAAUCAACGUCAUCUACAACGCCUCUGAUAAGUUCAAGAAGUCGGCGUUUUAUAUUCCUUUCAUGAUUUAUGAUGAUCAAGGGUUGCUUCCAGAUCCAUUGGUCUUGUCGGACAAGACACUUCACACACGCAUGAAGAAAAACGCAUAUAAUGCAUACUCGAUGGGAUCCAUGUUACAACUAGAGCCCCUUGUCGAUACAGUUACAAACCGUUUGUUCAAAAUCCUCGACGAGAUCGUUGAGACUCCCAGUCGGACAUGCGAUUUGGGAAAGUGGUUGCGCUAUUAUGCAACUGACGUUAUUUUCACCGUCACAUUCGGCGAGGACCUUCAAUUUAUGGAAAAGGGAGAUCCCAUUGGAAUGAUGCCAAUGCUUGAAUAUGUUGCUGGAGAUUAUACGGCAAUUGUUGGUCAAUUCCCAUGGGUUCACAAAUUCCUACUCGGUAAUAGCUUUAUUUCCAGCAUAGUGCUUGGAAGUAGUGCACUCGACGGCGCUGUUUUGAACCUGGCACUGAAGCAGGUUGUGAAAUUCCGACAGAAGAUGUCAGCGCAGUUAGUGACAGGUCCUUCCUCAUUCGUGCAGCGACUCUUAGAGCAUCAGGUAGCCCAUCCAGACUCUAUCACGGAUCGGGAACUAAACACCCAUGCAUUUGGUAAUGUCACCGCAGGGGCAGACACCACUGCGAUUGCCAUGCGGACGAUCAUGUUCAACGUGAUAAAACAUCCCGAGAUCUACGAUACCCUGUGCCGUGAAAUUCGCGAAGAGGCCAGAUUGACCAUUCCGAUCACAUAUGGCGCUGCCAGUACCCUCCCAUAUCUAGACGCGGUCAUCAAAGAAGCACUGCGCAUCCACCCACCCAACGGUGUCAUGUUUGGCCGAACCGUGCCGCCAGAGGGUGCUACGAUAUGUGGGAAGUUCAUGCCCGGGGGAACAGAAGUGGGUAUCAGCCCUUGGGUGGUGCAUUAUGACCCGGAGCUAUUCCCCGAACCUGAGAAGUUUCAGCCAGAGCGUUGGUUGUCUAAGGACGCUGACUUGGUGGCGCAGAGGAAGAGGUCUAUCUUUGCGUUUAGUGCCGGUUCGCAUACCUGCCUUGGGAAGAAUAUCAGUUUGGUGGAAAUUACAAAAUUGGUUGCAUCACUGCUGGUGCAAUACGAUCUUGAAUUGGUGGAUCCAAAUGCGAAGUUGUCGUUCAAGUGUCGCUGGUUUACGCCCCAGACAGGACUGAUGGUGAAACUGGCCAAACGGCACAUUUAG